GCAGGCGCAGAAAAGGGGGCGGGGGACUCGGCUUGUUGUGUUGCUGCCGGAGAACCAGAGACGGUCCUGCUGCGGCCGCAAGCCCUUCCAGCUACCUGACAAUGUCGUCUCAUUUAGUAGAGCAGCCGCCACCCCCGCACAACAACAACAACAACUGCGAGGAAGGUGAACAACCUUUGCCCCCGCCAGCCGGCCUCAACAGUUCCUGGGUGGAGCUACCCAUGAACAGCAGCAAUGGCAAUGAUAAUGGCAAUGGGAAAAAUGGGGGGCUAGAACAUGUACCGUCCUCAUCCUCUAUCCACAAUGGAGACAUGGAGAAGAUUCUUUUGGAUGCACAACACGAAUCAGGACAGAGUAGUUCAAGAGCCAGUUCUCACUGUGACAGCCCUUCCCCACAAGAAGAUGGGCAGAUUAUGUUUGAUGUGGAGAUGCACACCAGCAGGGACCAUAGCUCUCAGUCAGAAGAAGAAGUUGCAGAAGGAGAGAAAGAAGUUGAUGCGUUGAAGAAAAGUGUUGACUGGGUGUCUGACUGGUCCAGUAGACCUGAAAACAUUCCACCUAAGGAAUUCCACUUCAGACACCCCAAACGCUCUGUCUCUUUAAGCAUGAGGAAAAGUGGGGCCAUGAAGAAAGGGGGUAUUUUCUCCGCAGAAUUCCUUAAGGUGUUCAUUCCGUCUCUCUUCCUCUCUCAUGUUUUGGCUUUGGGCCUAGGCAUCUAUAUCGGAAAGCGACUCAGCACACCUUCUGCCAGCACCUACUGAAGGAAAGAAUAGCCCCAGAAAAGCGUGUGACCUGUGAAGUGGUGUAUUGUUACAGUAGUUUAUUUGAACUUGAGACCAUUGUAAGCAUGACCCAACCUGCCACCCUAUUUUUACAUAUCCAAGUUCCAGUAACUCUCAAAUCCAGUAUUUUAUUCAAACUCUGUUGAGGCAUUUUACUAACCUCAUUCCCUUUUUGGCCUGUAAGACACUUUAGAAUUUCCUAACAGAGUUUACUGUUACUUAGAAAUUUGCAAGGGCUUCUUUUCCGCAAAUGCCACCAGCAGAUUAUAAUUUUGUCAACAAUGCUAUUGUCUCCUUUUAGUGCCACCAGACUUAGACCUGCAUCAUUCAUGGUAUAAAUUUUACACUUGCAAGAUAACUACCAUCUCUCUCUUCAAAUGAGAUCAGAUUAGCAAAUGAUAGCUUUGUUGUUUUGUUUUGUUUUGUUUUUUCAAGACAAAGCAAGCUUCACUAAGCUUGAAUUUAUAGUUAUUAAAAAAAGAAAACAAACAAACAAAAAAACAAGACACAAGAAAAAAAAUAUCCUGGGCAAUAAAAAAUUAUUUUAAACAAGCUUUGGAGCCACGUUUUGUCUAAACAGCCUCCUAAUGGCGCCUUUUAAUUUAUAGGAGGCCGGCUACGUAAGUGAUGGGUAUGAAGUAGAAUGAGAACUAAACUACAUCAACAGAUUUUAAUAGUAGUAUGUUGUAAUGCUGUCUUUUCUAUGGUGUAGAAUCCUUAUUUCUCCUAAGGAACGUCUCAGGCCUAGAACUAUACAAAAUUGCUUUGGGGAUUUGUGUGUAUUUGGUAUUUUUGUUUAAUUAGCUUUAGCUGCAUGUGAAUUUUUCAUGACUUUUAAGUUCUGUCUUUUGUUUUUUAAUUCUUUUCUAAGAAGGGGCUUUGGAAUGAGUUCCAAUUUGUGGUAUAAAUAUAGGCUUCUUAUUUUGGGAAGCACCACUUAUACUCUGAAGCCUUUAAACUCUGAAGAUGAUUGUUUCAGAGUAAUUUCAAGCACUUGUGCAACUUUGAAAACCAGACUUGGGUUGUGGGAACAGUUGACAAAGUUCUGAGAAGAUGCCAUUUGUUUUCCUUGGAUCUCUCCCUUUUUACUGUUGACCUGCACAAGCCUCCCAAGGUGGUGCCCAGGACUGUGCAGGCACCGGUCACGUUCUCCCGGGGCCAUCUUUUCGGUCGUGUUUGACUCCUACAGUCCCAGAGCGCUCGGCAGCUUCCUUCAGUGAUAGACUGUUUCUGUUUUGUUUGUUUGUUUCUAAAAUGUGAAGCUUUAGGACCAAACUGUUAGAAAGCAGCAGGAUUACCAGUUAUUCCAAGUAGAUUUAUUGGAUUUUGGAACAACUAGCAUGACUCUGAAGAGGAUACUAUCAUAUGUUUUAUAUAUAAAUAAUUACUGUUUAUGUUGUAGACAUUACUCCUGACAAUGUAGAGAACCAUUGUUAAUUUUAAAACUGGCCAUUUAUUCAUUAAAUAAAGCACAUCAGGUUUGCCUGGGAUGAGAACACUGGCAACCAGAUUUGCCAGUUUGCAGAAAGACAGAUGUCUUUCACAUUAAGUUUUGUAAAAUGGACAUGUUAUAGUGGAAAAUAACCUACAGAUUAAAAAAAAGUUAAUUUCUGAUUAUCUUUUUUCAUAAACAUAGCUGGUUAUCUUUAAGAAAGAUGAUAUAUCCAGAAUUGUUUUCUGAAUCAUUUUGUUUUCUUUCUAGCACUUGAUGCCUAAGUAAUUUUGGAUAUCUUUUUAUUAUACCUUGUUUCUAUCUUAUUCUCAAACCUGGUAACACUUGAUUUGCCUUCUGUAACCUAUUUAUUUCAAGUGUUCAUACUUGGAUUUCUUUGGAAGGAAAGUGAACCGGACAGCCCGCUGAUUUUGAAAACCCCGGGUAAAAUUGGAAAGGCUGAUAGAGGUGAAAGAAAUAAACCGUUAAACUGCUACAGUAUGCAGUUUGUAUUACAGUUGGUAUCCUGGGAGGGAAAAAGUAAAAUCAACCUUAAAAUAAGAGCAACUUUUUUUUUUUACAGGUAACACAUUGCCAUCCUUUGAAAUUCAAUAGAAUUCUAUCAGUAGUGUGGUUGAACUUGGGUAUAUUUAUGAUUUCUUUUCAACAUUGGAAAUAAAUUUAGUUCUGCCUUUUUCUUAAACUAUCUGUGAAAUUUUGGACUAUUACUUAAAACAUAAAUACAUGAUCACAGUAAAACUUCUCCUAAGAUGAAAUCAUGCAGUAUUUAUUGAUAGCUCUAACAUACAGAAUACAUGUUUAUGCUCCUACCCAGAUUUGUGUUGAACAGAAACAGAUUGCAUGGUUGGAAAGGAGAUUUUGACAAUUAACAGUUGACGUUUUAAGACUAAUGUUCAAAAAGCUUUAUACCUGUUUACAAUUUGGGGACGAAAAGGCAGCCUUCAUUUUUCUUGAUUGAUGAAAACUGGCUAACAGUACUUGUAAACAGAAUCAUGAGCAAAACUGCACAAACUUGCACAUUGAAAAGUGCAACAAGUUACUUUGCAGUAAAAUUACUUACUAUUCUAAAAAGUGAAAAUUGAAGAUUUAGCCAGUUGGGUGAAUUUUUAAGUGAACCAGUUGUUGAAAUUAUUGGAAUUAACUGAGCCAAAGUGAUAUGCAUUCUUCAUCUAUUUAGUUAGCACUUUGUAUCAUUAUAUACAGUUUACAAGACAUGUAUAACUUGUAGCUAUAAACAUUUUGUGCCAUUAAAGCUCUCACAAAACAA